CAAGUACCCCAGCAUAGCAAAGACUUGCACAUCAUGGGUCGACUCGCGGAAAUGCAGCGUAAGCUCUUGGAGCAAAUGAUGGGCCCUGAAGCAAUGGGUGUCGCGAAUGCCAAUCUGACGUGGUCAGACGAGAAAGUCUGCAGGAACUUUCUCUGCGGAACAUGCCCUCACACGCUUUUUACCAACACAAAAAUGGAUCUGGGUGCUUGCCCGAAGUCUCACACCGAACGCUUGAAGACGGAAUACCUGCAGGCGAAGGAGACAGAUCCGAACAAUCCCAUAUUUUCUCGCUUUCAAACAGAAUACGAGUCCAACAUCUUCGCAUUUGUCGAUGAGUGCGACCGUAGAAUCAGGGCAGCGCAUAGGAGGCUGGAGAAGACUCCUGAAGAGAACGCGAAGACGACCAACUUGAUGAGGGAAAUUGCUGAGAUUGAGUUAGCCAUCCAGGGAGGCACAGAGAAGAUUGAGACACUGGGUGAACAAGGACAGGUGGAUGAAUCUAUGCGGGAGAUGGCCGCUAUUGAGGCAUUGAAAAGCGAGAAAGCAGAGAAGGAGCGAGAGCUCCAACAGCUGACUGAUACGUCCGGCGCAUCUGGUCAUCAGAAGCUGCGUGUGUGUGACGUUUGCGGUGCAUACCUCUCCGUCCUCGAUUCGGAUCGUCGUUUGGCUGAUCACUUCGGAGGAAAGAUGCAUCUAGGCUACCAUGAACUGCGUAACAUGUUGGUCAAGUUCAAGGAAGAGCGUGAAAAGCGCAAAAUGGGUCCGCCAUCCUCAGUUCCUUCGGGCGCUCCUGCAGGCGCUGCAAGCGGUGGCAUUCCGCCUGCUGGUGGAGUUCCCCCCCGGGGCGGCGAUCGAGAUUAUCGGUCAUCGCGGGAUGACUUCCGUGACCGUGAUAGGACGUUCGACAGACAUGCAUCUCGCUUUGAUGAACGGCGGAGAGACCGUUCUCGCUCGCCAGGGCGGAGGAGAUAUUAAUUCAUCCGGGGCGACUCUAUUUCCGACUUUCUUGUACUGUGUUGACGCAGAAUAGCGAUGUAUAUGAUUAUUAGCGUC